AUGGCUCCCAAGGAUAUAAAAACACGCCCAGCAUUACAAAUCAACAAGGAAAUGCAAAUCAAAACCAUAACGCGAAGGGGGGCGCGCGGGCCGCGGGGGCGAGGGAGGCCGAGGAGGCCCCGCAGGCCGGACCCGCGCCAGACCCCCGACCCCGCCGCGGCCAUGGCGUCCCCGCGGGCGCCCACCCCCUACGCAAUGCGGGUGUGCGGGCCGCCCGGGGCCCCGCCGCGCCCCCAGCCCGGCCGUGUCCGCGAAGGGCACCCGGCGCUCACCUGCGUGACUAGGCCGCAUGCCGCCCCCGCCGCCGACCCCGCUUUGGACCGCCAGCGCCGGCCGGGGUCGCCUCUCCGUCCCGCUCACAGGCUGCCCUCACCCACGGCAGAGCAGCCCCGCGGCCCCCAGCACUCUGACGUCAUCGCGCGCACCCGCCCCCAGCGCUCUGACGUCACCGCGCGCACCCGCCCCCGGCACUCUGACGUCAUCGCGCGCACGCGCCCCCGGCGCUCUGACGUCACCGCGCGCACCCGCCCCCAGCGCUCUGACGUCACCGCGCGCACCCGCCCCCGGCACUCUGACGUCAUCGCGCACACCCGCCCCCAGCGCUCUGACGUCACCGCGCGCACCCGCCCCCAGCGCUCUGACGUCACCGCGCGCGGCCCCCACCGCCCACCGAGCGCUCCCCCAGGCUUCGGGCGCGAGCUCGCCGCGGAGCCUGAUGGCGGUAGGAGACUGUUGAAAGUCCGGAUUAUCUUCUGGCUGCUGAUUUUGCACGGUCAAGAGUUCGUGGAAGAUGAUCAGAAAUGGAAAAAAAAGAAUAAGACGGCCUCUCCUUGA